AUGAUAACCAUCUCAAGAUCCGACCCGCGCCGCCUUUUUUGGGGGCUCUUAGCUUCCUCGUUCACGGCGUCGACGAUGAAACGAUCCGUUCGGCCUCUCUUCAGCGCUCUCUUCUUCGGCUUCCUCGCCGCCACACUCAUCUGCAGAGUCGCGAUUCGCCGGAGAAGCUUCUCCUUCAGCUCCGCCAUAGCUGAGCUCGGCAACUCCGGCCUCAUGACGGAGGAACUCGUAUUCAACGAGACACUGCUCGAAUUCGCCGCCAUUGAUCCCGGCGAGCCCAAAUUCAAGCAGGAGGUCGAUCUGAUUUCCGAUUACGACAACACUCGGAGAAGCCACCGCCGCUAUUUCAGCUCCAUGUCAAGGCCGAUCGACGGCCGCCGCCGUGGAAACCGUAACGACAUCACUUCCAAUUUCCCGGUAACGCUUCGCUCCCCUCAGGUAUAUCGUUACUGGUCAGAAUUCAGGAGAAAUCUACAGCUCUGGGCUCGUAGAAAAGCUUACGAACCCGAUAUCAUGCUAGAUUUGGUCAGACUGGUCAAAAUUCCGAUCGAUUCUCACUCCAUUUCGAGUAAAAGAUAUUCAUCUUGCGCCGUAGUUGGGAAUAGCGGCACAUUGCUUAAUCGCCAAUACGGAGAUCUCAUAGAUAAACACGAGAUUGUGAUCCGCAUGAACAAUGCCAAAACGCAGAGGUUCGAGAAGAAGGUGGGAUCCAAAACGAACAUAUCAUUCAUAAACAGCAACAUUUUGAAUCAGUGUGCGAGAAAGGAAAGCUGCAAUUGCCAUCCGUAUGGAGAAACAGUGCCUAUCGUCAUGUACAUUUGCCAGCCGAUUCACGUUUUGGAUUACACAGUUUGCAAACGCUCUCACCGAGCUCCUCUGGUUAUCACGGAUCCGAGAUUCGAUGUCCUCUGUGCUAGGAUCGUCAAGUAUUACUCGGUGAAGAGGUUCUUGGAAGAGAAGACAGCGAAAGGGUUUAAAGAUUGGAGUAAAGAUCACGAAGGCUCCUUGUUUCACUACUCGUCGGGUAUGCAGGCUGUGAUGCUUGCGGUUGGAGUUUGUGAGAAAGUUAGCGUUUUCGGGUUUGGGAAGAUGAAUUCGAGCAAGCACCAUUACCAUACUAAUCAGAAAGCAGAGCUUAAGCUUCAUGACUAUGAAGCGGAGUAUAAACUGUAUCGCGACUUGGAAUACAAUCCCAGGGCCAUUCCCUUCUUGCCGAAAGCAUUCAAGAUCCCUUUGGUUAAAGUUUACCAUUGA